AUGGCUUUAUACGAAUUAGCGGUUUUUGAUCCCUCUGAUCCUGUUCUGGAUCCAAUGUGGAGACAAGGGGUGGCUUGUUUUGGCUUUGGUGCAUUUCAUGUAACGGGUUUAUAUGGCCCUGGGAUAUGGGUGUCCGAUCCUUACGGACUAACUGGAAAAGUACAAGCUGUAAAUCCUGCGUGGGGUGCAGAAGGUUUUGAUCCUUUCGUUCCGGGAGGAAUAGCUUCGCAUCAUAUUGCUGCGGGUACUUUGGGCAUAUUAGCGGGCCUAUUCCAUCUAAGUGUCCGUCCGCCUCAACGUCUAUACAAAGGGUUACGUAUGGGCAAUAUUGAAACUGUACUUUCCAGUAGUAUCGCUGCUGUUUUUUUUGCUGCUUUCGUAGUUGCCGGAACUAUGUGGUAUGGAUCAGCAACUACCCCAAUCGAAUUAUUUGGGCCUACUCGUUAUCAGUGGGAUCAGGGAUACUUUCAGCAAGAAAUAUAUCGAAGAGUUAGCGAUGGGUUAGCCGAAAAUCUUAGUUUAUCAGAAGCUUGGUCUAAAAUUCCCGAAAAAUUAGCCUUUUAUGAUUAUAUUGGUAAUAAUCCGGCAAAGGGGGGAUUAUUCAGAGCAGGCUCAAUGGACAAUGGGGAUGGCAUAGCUGUUGGAUGGUUAGGACAUCCCGUCUUUAGAGAUAAAGAAGGACGCGAGCUUUUUGUACGUCGUAUGCCUACUUUUUUUGAAACAUUUCCGGUAGUUUUGGUAGAUGAAGAGGGAAUUGUGAGAGCGGACGUUCCUUUUAGAAGAGCAGAAUCCAAAUAUAGUGUUGAACAAGUAGGCGUAACGGUGGAGUUCUAUGGUGGCGAACUUAAUGGAGUAAGUUAUUCUGAUCCUGCUACUGUAAAAAAAUAUGCGCGGCGUGCUCAAUUAGGGGAAAUUUUUGAAUUAGAUCGAGCUACUUUGAAAUCAGAUGGUGUUUUUCGCAGCAGUCCAAGGGGUUGGUUCACUUUUGGUCAUGCUACCUUUGCUUUGCUCUUCUUUUUCGGACACAUUUGGCAUGGCGCUCGAACCUUGUUCCGAGAUGUUUUUGCUGGUAUUGAUCCAGACUUGGAUGCUCAAGUGGAAUUUGGAACAUUCCAAAAAGUUGGAGAUCCAACUACAAGGAGACAGGCAGCCUGA